AUGGUAUCUGAUACCACAAACUCUUCAUCUACUGUCGCUUCUGAUGUGGUUGCAAAUUUUUCAUCUGCAGAUGUUCCUUCUUCUUCCAAUACUUCCGAUUUAGCCGAAGGAAAUACUAGAAAAAGUAAAAAUACUUCCGAAGCUGCUAUUUUAGCAAGAAGAAAAACAACAAGAAAAUCAACUGGAGGCAAAGCACCAAGAAAAGCUAUAAAACAACCAUCAACUAUUAGCAAGACACGUACUCCUAAAAAGCCACAUAGAUAUAAGCCAGGUACUGUUGCUUUGAGAGAAAUUAGAAAG